GGUGUCUGCACAGCGAGGGAAUGAAAGGAUGUUCUCCGUGCAGAUUCGCAGCAAAGCAGACGUUUUAUGGGAAGAUGGCAACCAGCGAAAAAAAGGACUCAGUGUUCGUACAGCUCGAAUACACAGGGUUGCUCCACUCGUUGCUGGAUGCCACGAAAAUGCACAAAACGUGGUCAGGAACAACACAAGAGAACUGUCAUGUCUUAAACAAAGACAGUCAGCACCGGCGCGCGAGCACGAUAAAAUCAGUUACGAAGGCGCAAGGACGUGGCAUUCUUCUCUAAACAGCCUUUAUGUGAGGCCUGGCGAUUUCUCUUGA